AUGCCCGAUGAGUUCCUUGCUAGGAACCCCCCCCCGCUCUGGCUCACUCUCUACCACAUCGUCACCCGCCUCCCUGACUCUCUGCGCGCAGUCAGGGAUCACUUCCUAGCUCGCUGCCCCACUGAGCUCACCAUUGCCCUCCUCGAGAAGGAACUACUUGCAGCUGAGGCGAGCAUCGUCGCUGUAGCCUCUGCUUCUGCUGUCGACCUCCUUGGUGCUGAGAAGGUCGGGACGGCGUCUGCUCCGAGCGGGCGCCGCAGGAGCAGAGGGGGCAGGGGUGGAGGUGGCGGCGGGGGAGGCGGGGGUGGAGGCGGUGGGAGUGGAGGUGGGGCUGGAGAAGCUAGUGGCGGCAGUGGGGGUGGUGACGGCAGCGGCGGGGGCGGUGGCAGGGGCGGGGGCGGCAGCGGAGGCGGAGGUGGUCGUGGCAGCGGCAGGGGAGGGGGUGGUCGAGGAGGUGGCGGCGGCGGUGGUGGUCGUGGAGGCGCUGGCGGUGGUCUGAGCCAGCAGCACACUCCGUCGCUCCAGGAGGCCCGUGAGUGGUAUUCGCAGCGCCGGGGGGCGGGUGGCUUUAGCUGCACGUACGUCAUCCGCACUGGUGACCGCACUGGUCAGACGUGUGGGAGGCCGCACCCCACGCAGCGCUGUUUCUCGCGCCUUGACGACGCUUGGCGCACCCAGUUCCCUGAUGCCACUGAGCUGCCCCGCUGGGCUGAUCUGGAGAGGAAGGGAGUUGAUAUCUGGGCUCUAGACUUUGAUGCUAUUCUCACUGCCAUGUAUGCGAUGUUUACUAGUGGAGAGGGUGCUCAGUACCUGCGUGUUCCGCCCGAUCCGGGCAUUCUGACCAGUGAGGCUGCCGCUCUAGGUGCUAGUGAGUCUGUCCCCCCUGGUACUGAGUCGACUGAGGCACUGCACACCUUCACCCUGGACUCAGGUGCUUCUCGCUGUUUCUUUCGUGACCGCACUGCCCUUGAGCCGCUCGCUCGGCCAGUUGCUGUCUCCCUCGCUGACCCCUCUGGGGGUCCGGUCAUUGCGACCUCCUCCACUGUUCUUCCCUGUCCUGCGGUCCCGUCGGGCACACUGUCAGGUCUCCACCUCCCCUCGUUCUCUACGAACUUGGUGGCGGGUUGUGCGCUCCAGGACGGGGGUGUUCACCAGUUCACCCCUGCCUACGAGCGCGUGACACACUGCACGUGUGCUCGGACGGGCCGUCACCUGGCUACCUUCACUCGGCAGCCGGGGUCGGACCUGUACACACUGACCACUGAGUCCCCUCAGGUAGCUGCGUCCGCGUCUGCGUCAGGUCAGCUGUCGGCCCCCUGCUCGUGUCGCUCUCUGGUGCACGAGACCGUCCUCUGGCACCACCGACUUGGUCACCCGUCUGUGCAGCGCCUUCGUGCCAUGCACAAACGGUACCUUGUCUCUGGUCUUCCCAGGGUUCUCCCUCCCCUCCCACCCUCGCCUGCUCCUCCCUGUCUUCCCUGUGUCGAGGGGCGGCAGCGCGCCGCUCCUCACUCCUCCUCCUUUCCCCCGACGACUGCUCCCUUGCAGACGCUCCACCUGGACGUGUGGGGCCCAGCCCGCGUCCGUGGACAGGGUCAGGAGAGGUACUUCCUGAUUGUUGUUGACGACUACUCGCGCUACACCACGGUCUUCCCCUUGCGCACCAAGGGUGAGGUCCCUGAUGUCUUGAUCCCUUGGAUCUGCAUAGCUCGUCUCCAGCUCAGCGAGCGUUUCCGCUCGGACUUUCCUGUCCUGCGUUUGCACUCUGACAGAGGUGGUGAGUUCUCUUCCGACCUCCUGGCAGCCUACUGUGCCGAGCACGGCAUUGAGCAGUCGUUCACGCUUCCGGCCUCUCCACAGCAGAAUGGGGUUGCUGAGCGCCGCAUUGGCCUGGUCAUGGAGGUCGCUCGUACCUCCCUGAUCCAUGCGGCUGCUCCCCACUUUCUGUGGCCGUUUGCGGUCCGAUACGCUGCGCAUCAGCUCAACCUCUGGCCCCGUGUCUCCUUGCCGGAGACUUCCCCGACACUGCGUUGGACGGGAGAGGUUGGCGAUGCGUCGCGUUUUCGGGUCUGGGGAUCCCGAGCUUUUGUUCGCGAUACUUUUACCACGUCACCUCGCGCCGGGUUCUGCCUUCUCAGGACGUCACUUUUGACGAGUCCGUCCCCUACUACCGCCUCUUCCCCUACCGCACUGCUCCGCUCCCCCCCCCGCCUCUCUUCCUCGCGCCAGGUGCUGCUGUGGUAG